ACAGCGAAGCACGAAGCUAAGCUAGUAGUCAAAACACAGCCCACUGAGUUAGCUGUGCGGAAGUCAAGUGGAGGCUUUUCACAUUUAUUUUUGCGCUGAGAGGAAAAUUUCAGUUAGACAGGAUAUUGAUGUCAUUUUGUGGAACCCAAAACGGCGGCCGCCGUAGCAAAUGGGACCAGCCCGGUCCCGGCUCUGGCUCUGGAGGGAUGGGGGAGGCUGAAGCUGCACCCACCGGAGCUCUGGAUGCUGCAGCUGCGGUGGCUGCCAAGAUUAAUGCCAUGUUGGUGGCCAAGGGAAAACUCAAGCCCUCUCAGAUAGGAACCCCGGGACCUCCUGAUAAGGCUGUGGGUGUUGGGAAGCCUCCAGUGCCGACAAAAGCCAAAGAUGACCUGGUGGUAGCUGAGGUCGAAAUCAACGACGUCCCGAUCACCUGUCGAAAUCUCCUGACACGGGGGCAGACACAGGACGAGAUCAGUAAAGUUAGCGGUGCUGCGGUUUCAACCAGAGGGCGUUACAUGACAGCAGAGGAGAAAGGCAAAGCUCUACCAGGAGAUCGACCUCUGUAUCUGCAUGUCCAAGGACAGACUAGGGAGCUUGUCGACAGGGCAGUUAAUAGAAUCAAGGAGAUAAUCACCAAUGGAGUAGUCAAGGCUGCAACUGCCUCAUCAUCGUCGUCUUCAUCCUUCUCGCCCAGUGGGGCUUCAGUCACAGUUUACCAACAGCAUAACCCACCUCCACCCUCACUGCCCCCCAUGACCCACCACAAACCACACUUUCAGUCUGGGAUGCAUUAUGUUCAAGAUAAAGUCUUUGUGGGACUGGAGCACGCUAUCCCGGGGUUUGUGGUCAAAGAGCGGGUCGAGGGCCCCGGCUGUUCAUACCUGCAGCACAUUCAGGCUGAGACAGGGGCCAAAGUCUUCCUCAGAGGAAAAGGAUCAGGUUGUUUGGAGCCUGCUUCUGGACGAGAGGCCUUUGAACCCAUGUACAUCUACAUCAGUCAUCCUAAACCAGAGGGACUUGCAGCAGCAAAAACCUUGUGUGAAAACCUGCUUCAGACAGUCCAUGCAGAGUAUUCUCGCUUCCUUAACCAAAUGAGUACAAUGAUGCCAACACAACAAGGCUUUGCACAGCCUCCAGUGGUGAACGGGAUGCCUCCUCAGCCUCCUUACUACCCCCCUGCCGGAUACCAGCCAGGCUACCCCAUGCCUGUACCCCCACCUCAACCACAGCCUGUUCCUCCACCUUACACCGUUCCCCCUCCUAUACCUCCUGCAGCACCCACAGGUGUGCCUCCUCAAUACUCCCUACCACCUGCCCCUGCUCCAGCCCCCACUCCUGCUCCAGCUCCUGCCCCUGCUCCCGUUCCAGGCGCCAUGCCACAGACUCUUCCUCCUGUAACUUUCCCUCCAGCUGCUACAGUGCCACCCAAAGCUCCUCCUCCUGCCACCCCAGCUAACCCACCACAGAAAAGACGCUUCACAGAGGAGGUACCAGACGAGAGGGACAGCGGCCUACUUGGAUAUCAGCAUGGACCCAUUCAUAUGACUAAUUUAGGUGCAGGCUUCCCAGUGGGCAGCCCCGAGACUACAGGAACCCCACCUCAGAGUUCCUCUGGCCUGUCGAGUGAGAGGGACAGUAGGCAGCUAAUGCCCCCACCACCUUUGCCUGUGAAUGGAGUGAGACCCAAGAUGGAGGAGAGAAGGGCACCCCAAGGCCCCGUGGAGCCCGCAGUGAAAAGAUUUAAAACAGGUUUGGUGGCGUACACCGGCGACUCUUCUGAUGAAGAGGAAGACCACUCCACCUCAAAAACCUCAGGGCCAGGUAACCCUGGGGCAGUACCCCCCACCUCCACCUCCUCAGGCUGGACACAGGGCUAUCGCUGUCCUCCUCCACCACCCCCUCGUGCUAAAACACAGCCACAGCAACAGUCUAUGCCUUUCUGGAUGGCACCCUAAAAACAGGAAAAAUCUUAACUCCCUCAGUGCUUUCUACCGAGUCUUACAGGACGUUCACCCAAACUGAGCCUAUCUUUUUUCAGAACUCCUCACCCAUUCAUCACAUGGAUGACUCUUAAUAGCUGUUUGUUGGGCUCAGCAUUGUUUUAGUACCUGGGGUCCAAAUGGACUUUCUCAUGUUUUGGGAAAACUUCUGUUUGUAUUUUUUUUUUUUUUCUGUGCACACAUCAUAGUUUGAGGAUAAACAUUUGCAGGACUGAUACUCCAAACUAUUUUGUGGAUGUAUAGAUGGUCAGAUGAGCGAUAUUCUGCCUCCAGUUUUAUUUUGAAUGGAAUGAUAACCCAUGCCAGGUGAAGUGUUUGAAUAUAGUCUCUUUGUACAAACAAUAUCGAAUGGCAAUGAUGUUCAUCACUGACUACUUUUCAUUUUAUCCCAAACUUCCUACUUUUUCACCUCAGUUCCUCUCUUUUUUCCUCCCUGAGUCAGUGACACCAUCUUUUCCUAUUCUGAUCUUUUGUACAGGUCAUAUUGGACUAACAUGUAGGAAAACCAAUUGAAUUUAUUUCAUGCUUUUAUGAAAUAAAUAAACUUAAUUUAUUGCCA